UAUGAAUAUGUAUAUAAGCGUGCUUCUCCCCGAUUUAUCGUCCUCCAAAACCCUAAAACCCCCUCUCACUCAUCUCUCCGCUCCCGCGGCCCAUGCGCGAAGCCACCAAGCGCUUGGAUUCGUCGUCUUCGUCUCUGAUCGCCUUCGUCCCGCGCCAAGUCAUGUUGGACUCCCAUGGCGCCGCAGCUCACGCGGAGGGCGAGGAGAGGAGGAGAGAGAAGGAGAUGAAGAAGGAGAAGAAGAAGAAGAGCAAGAAGAGCGCGUCGGGGACUCUAGCCGAGUUUCGAGAAGGAUCGGAUGCCCUAACUCUGGAUCUCUCCAAUGGCGGAGCCGUGGCUCCGAAGGGGACGGGGCGAGGGGCUCUCCUCAGAUCGAUCGCCAUUUUUCUCGAGAGCAGCGGGUUCUCGAAGACGCUCGCCACGUUCAAAUCCGAAGCCAAGCUUGAGGUCGAUGAUUGGAGCUCAUCAAGUUUGAGCUUGGAAGAUAUAUUUUGCAAGUUCUUAGAUGCAAGCAAUGGUCUUGCAGAAGCUAGUAUCAGUUGGCAAAGGGAACAAGCUCCAGAAAAAGAAGGCAUUUUACAAGAAGCUGAAGGGAAGAAUACUGAUGGGGCCUCCGAACACUCUCAGAAGAAAAAGAGAAAGAGAGGUAGUGAAACUGAUGGAACAAAAAUUGAGACAAGUAAAACCAGGGCAGAAAACGUUGGUGGUGUGGAUGCUUUAGACAAACCGUUGGAUAAAUUAAAAGUCAAAUCUAAGGAGACUAAGUCAGGAGUUUCUGGAGAGGAAGAACUGAAAAAAUCCAAAGAUUUCGGUGAUGAAACUGAUUUCAUGGAGUUCAAAUCAGUUGAAGAAUCACAUAGUGAAAUCAAAGAGAAGAAAAGGAAAAAAAAAUUAGCUUCUAGCUUGUCUGGAGAAGAAAAGGAAAAUAGUGAGGAGGCAGUUGCUUUUAAAGGAGCAACAAAGGCUGAUGAAGAAAAGCUAUUGCCAAAGCUCAAUGAAAAUGGGAAAAAGAAGAAAGAGAAGAAAAAGAGAAUGGUUGAUAAUUCUUCUAAUGAGAUCAGCAAACCUGACGAGGACGAGAAACUUAAAGAGGCUGUUAAAGAUGAAGUAGUAGUGUUGAAGUCACUAGUAAGCGAGUCUUCUGACACAAAAACAACACAUAAAGAUGAUAAAAAGAACAAAAAGAAGGUGAUUGGGAAUAUUGAAGAACUAGAAAUAUGUGAGGAUGGAACUAAGAAAACCUUAACAGAGCUAAAAUCCAAUGAGAAUUUAUUGGAUGAUGAUUCUCAGGUUCGGGAGAAGAAGAAAAAGAAAGGUAAAUCGACUUCUGAGGAUCAAAGUGCAAAAGUCUCAGAUUUGAAAGAUGCAGGAGUUUGUCUUACUGAUGAAGGUGGAAGAAAAACUGACACUGCCAAUGGAAAAGUUCCUGUUACUGAAAGUAAUGAUGAGAAUAUUGAAAAUAAAAUUUCCAAGAAGAGAAAAAGAGUUGCUUCAAAAGAAAAUGGCUCCAAAACUGACAUUGAAGUUCCAGUAAAGGAUGAAAAUAUUAGAUCUGAUGGUGCUGAAAAAAACAAAUCUAGAUAUGAUGAUGAAGAUAAUGUUCUUGCCAAAAAGCAGAAAACUGAAGAAAGCAACAGAACUUUUGUUGAAGACAAAACAGCAGGAAAUAAGCUGGUGAAUGGACAACUUGAAAACAAGAAGAAUGAAGAAAGUGCUUCAUCAAAAGCAAGAAAAAAGGAAAAUGCAUCAUCAGAGCCAAAAUCAGCUAAUGCAUUUAGAAGGGUAAAGGCGGAUGAGGUUAAAUUUGCUGAUAAGAAACUUCAAGACAAUUCCUAUUGGGCUAAGGAUGGUGCAGAAAUAGGAUAUGGUGCAAAAGCACAAGAAAUUCUUGGUCAAGUCAGAGGAAGGGACUUCAGACAUGAGAAGACUAAGAAGAAGCGUGGAACUUACAGGGGUGGGCAGAUUGAUUUACAAUCUCACUCGGUGAAAUUCACCUAUGACGACGACGAGUGAUAGGCUAAUCCUCAGCAGGUCUGUGUUGGCUGGAAGUAUAAAUUGUUAAGCCACGAAGGCUCUGGCUGGGAUUUUGGGGAGUAUGUGCUGCAUGUGCAUGUGUGUUGCGAAAAUGUCUAUGUAUUCUGCAUGGUUUUAUAGAAAAUAAUGUGCUGAGAUUUAGAUCCUAUUGGAAUAUAUAUAUAUAUAUAUAUAUAUAUAUUGGUAGUAUUAUGCAGCACUGGAUAUCAGAUUGGCUAAAAGAGACAUACGGUGGCUGCAUCUGUGAUCGUCUAGCAAUACAGGAAUGCUGUGCAGGAAAAGACCAUGCAAAUAAAUGAAUACUCGGAAAGACCAUUCUAAUAAAUAAAUGAACACAAUGUUGCGUUA